AGGCGUUAUCGUGAAAAUUUAAUCAGAACUCGAUACGUAUCAGCAGUUUGACACGAUAACCUUGAUAAUGAGCCGUAUGCUGCGGAGACUGGAACUGAUCAGUGAUCUGAGAGCGGUCGGGAGACGAGUAACACAGAAAUGAGGUUGCGUUUAUUUUUGUUGGUUGUUUUGGUGCACUCGUCGUUCGAGCGAGAUGUCUACCACAAGGCGUGGCGCGGAGGCGCUUCAGAGUUGGUGGAGGAAGAACAGGAGUCGUCGUUCUGGCACCGAGAAGCACGCGCCGCGAUCGAAGCGCGCGAGGCGAGACAGCGCGAGUCGCACGGCGUCGCGCGCAACGUCAUAAUGUUCCUGGGCGACGGCAUGUCGGUGCCCACGCUGGCCGCCGCGCGCACGCUGCUGGGACAGCGGCAGGGACGCACGGGAGAGGAGGCACAGCUCUCCUUCGAGACUUUCCCCUCCGUUGGCUUAGCUAAGACGUACUGCAUAGACGCACAGGUAGCAGACUCCGCCUGCUCGGCGACCUCGUAUCUGUGCGGCUCGAAGGCCAACUACGGCACCAUCGGAGUCACUCCCGCCGUCUCGCGCUCCCACUGCAGUAGCGCCCUCGACCCGCGCCACCACGUGCACUCCAUCGCUGCGUGGGCGCUGCAGGCGGGCAAGGACGCUGGCAUCGUGACGACGACCCGCGUGACUCACGCGUCCCCAGCGGGCACGUACGCGCACACCGCCGAGCGCGACUGGGAGAGCGACGCCGACCUCACCGCCGCCUGCGCGCGCGCCGGCCCAGACUACACGCAGCGGGACAUCGCCGCGCAGCUCGUCCACAACUACCCCGGCAACCAGUUUAAGGUCAUAUUGGGAGGUGGCAGACGUGAAUUUUUACCCAACGAUCACGUAGACGAGGAAGGAUCCAUCGGAAGGCGGGAAGACGGCCGUAACUUAAUCGAAGAGUGGCAAAUUGACAAACAGUUACGCAACGUAAGCCACCAGUACGUGUGGAACAGGGAUCAGCUGAUGAACUUGUUGCCUUCACCACCCGAGUAUUUGAUGGGGCUGUUCGAGGCCAGCCACAUGCAGUACCACAUGCAAGCGAAUGAAAACACUGAACCGACGCUCGCAGAACUGACGGAGGUCGCUAUAAAGUCCCUGAGUCGGAACGAGAACGGGUUCUUCUUAUUCGUGGAAGGGGGGCGUAUUGAUCACGCGCAUCACGACAACUAUCCGCAGCUGGCUUUGGACGAGACUAUCCAGUUGAGCGAGGCGGUGGCGCGCGCUGCAGAGUUGUUGCCUGAAGACGAGACGUUGCUGGUUGUCACGGCCGAUCACGCUCAUGUUAUGGCCCUGAACGGGUACACCGCUCGCGGCGGUGACAUCCUGGGCCCCGCCGACCAGCUGGGCGAUGAUGGAGUGCCCUACAUGACCCUAUCCUACACUAACGGUCCUGGAUUCCGACCACACGUAGCUCACGGAGUGCGUGAAGACCUCACCAAGUACAAUUAUGAUGCUGUGGAGUUUCGUUACGCGGCGGAGGUGCCGCUCUCGUCGGAGACGCACGGCGGCGACGACGUGGCGGUGUUCGCGCGCGGGCCGCACCACCACAUGUUCACCGGCCUGUACGAGCAGAGUCAGCUGCCGCACCUCAUGGCCUACGCUGGCUGCUUCGGUGAUGGCAAAACUGUCUGCGAAUAAAAUGUUUAUUAAAUACUAUUAUCUUUAUGUACUGUUUUACCCAAAGCCACAAAUCCUUUCACUUUUAAAAU